GCCCAGCCCCGUCCUCGGAACCAAAUUCUGUGUCUCUCUGGCUCACAUCUCAGAACCAAAUUCCUGACCGCGGACAAGCUGAAGCAGAAACAAGCCCCUUCCGAGCGCCAGAAGACUCAUGUCCCGGGCGGUGAAAACCAGAGGAAAGACACAUUCCCCACCGGAGGACUAGAGGAAUACGCCACCACGCGUGGUCAGCACUGCCAGGGUGACCACAGCCUCGGCACCCACACCCGCUGCCUCUCACUGCGGCCACCGCACAGUCACGCCUCAGGGUCGCCAAUCCUUUCAGAGGCGCAGGCCGACGCAUGUUUCAUACGUCAUACUGGAGCGCGCCGGCCGCGGAGACUUCUGGGAAAUGCAGUCCGAGCGAAGGCCGAGCUCUGAUUGUGCGCGCAGGCGUUAGAGCCCUUUGCGCAGACUCUGCUUUCCUGACCUGAUGAAGCGCCGUUUUCCUGGGUCCUGAGCGCCCGAGUCCCGGAGGUUGGAAGGCGGGAGUCGUCUGUCAACGAAAACUUCAGGAGGCCUUUUUGAGAGACCGAAGACAGUUUUGCUCAGCAGUGGUUUGCAGACCAGGGAGCCGGCCUCCAGGAUGAACGGCAGGGGAGUGAUCCCCAUGCGAUGUGUAGAAAAGGGACCAUACAAAGCUCUCCUGGAUCCAGCUGGCUGCUGGCUGCUUCUCCAUCCUUAUCCUUUCCCACAGCUCUGCUUGCAGCGAGACACCUGCCAUUCUAACGUAGUUACAGCUGUUAGUCCUUUCCAUGACUCUGCCCUUUCCUAAUGGAGAGCACCCAGGAGGGAACGGCUGCUGUGGCUCCAACUGCCAGGUGCCAGGAAUCAGUGACAUUCAUGGAUGUGGCCGUGAUUUUCACAGAUGAAGAGUGGAGGCAUCUGAUCCCUAUUCAGAGGGACCUCUACAAGGAGGUGAUGCUGGAGAACUAUCAGAGCAUCAUCUCACUGGGACUUCCAGUUCCUCAACCUGAUGUGAUUUUCCAGUUGAAGAGAGAGGAUAAACCUUGGAUAAUUGAUCUUCAUGGACCUGAUGAAGGGAGAUGGCCAGAGAACAUUUCUCUAGACUGGGAGACAAAGCCUGAGAUUCAAGGUGAGAUUCAAAGUGAUUCAGAAGAAAAGUCAGAAGGAAUGUCAAUGGAAAAGCUUGGAAGAAAAAGUCCUCUGUGUACUAAAUUGGAAGUUCAUGCACUAGAAGGUGGGUUGGAAACAGAGAAGGAAAGUCCUAUAGUGGAGACUUGUAAGAAAUCCCUUUCCCAGGAGGAAAGCUUGCAGCAAGGGUUAACCCAUCCCAAGAAAAUUCUCACUAAAGACAGAGACCAGGAAUGCAGUGAUUGUGGGAAGACCUUUUUUGACCACUCAUCCCUUAUCCGCCAUCAGAAGACUCACACGGGAGAGAAGCCCUAUGACUGUCAUGAGUGUGGGAAAGCUUUUUACAACCGUUCAGCUCUAACUGUACAUCAGCGAGUUCACACUGGAGAGAAGCCCUUUAAAUGCCGUGAGUGUGGGAAAGCUUUCAGUCGUAGGUGCAGUCUCAGCAGACACUUGAUGUCUCACACCGGGGAGAGCCCCUACGAAUGCAGCACAUGUGGAAAAGCCUUUUUUGACCGUUCAUCCCUAACUGUACAUCAGCGAAUUCACACUGGAGAGAAACCAUUUAAAUGCAGCGAGUGUGGGAAAGCCUUCUUUGACCGUUCAUCCCUCACUCGACACCAGAGAAUUCAUACUGGAGAAACUCCUUAUGAAUGUAAUCAGUGUGGGAAAGCCUUCAGCCAGAAAAGCAUUCUUACUAGACACCAGCUCAUCCAUACCGGCCGGAAGCCUUAUGAAUGUACUGAGUGUGGGAAAGCCUUCUAUGGUAUCUCAUCACUGAACAGACAUCAAAAAGCUCAUGCUGGAGAGCCUCACUUCCAGUGUAGUGAGUGUGGGAAAGCAUUCUUUGACCGCUCAUCCCUUACACAGCAUCAGAAGAUUCACACUGGAGACAAGCCCUAUGAAUGCAGUGAAUGCGGGAAAGCCUUUAGCCAGAGAAGCCGGCUUACACGACAUCAGAGGGUUCAUACAGGAGAGAAACCCUUUGAAUGCAGCGUAUGUGGGAAAGUGUUUAGUUCUAAAUCAUCAGUUAUUCAACAUCAACGGCGCUAUGCCAAACAGGGAAUAGACUGAACUGAGUGAAAUUUUUAGUCAAAGGACCUCCAUGAAAACUUAAAAUAGGUCUUCCUCAUCUUAAACCGAUCAAUUAAUCAUUCUACCUAUUCUGGCUACUGCUCUCCUUUCCUGCCGCUGCUACCACAGUGUUUGAAUAAAAACUAUAUACAGUGUUAU